AUGACAGAAACUGCAAAGUCUCACUUGAAAAGAGUAUGGGAGUCUAUGAAAAGAUCGCGCAGAUUUGAUCGUGACAACUUGGAUACUCCUUUGAAAAGAUGUCUAACAGCUUUCGACCUUACCCUUUUGGGUAUAGGAAAUAUGGCAGGAGCUGGUAUUUACGUCCUAACUGGUACAGUAAUCCGUGACAAAUCUGGACCUUCUACUUUCUUGUCAUAUUUGGUUGCUGGUGUAACAGCUUUCUUAAACGCUUUGUGUUAUGCUGAGCUUGGUUCACGAAUACCAAAGUCAGGAUCUGCAUACACCUAUACAUAUGUGGCAAGCGGAGAGUUCUUAGCAUUUAUUGUUGGAUGGUCAAUGAUAUUAGAAUACGUUUUGUCUGUAUCAAGUGUUGCACGUGGUUGGAGUGGCACAGUAGACGCAAUGGUACAACAUGCUAUUAGUAAUGGAACAAAGAAUACUAUUGGCAGUUUUCCAUCGAAUGUGGAAUUCGUAGGCGAAUACCCAGAUUUUAUUGGAGCACUUUUAAUAAUUAUACUUGGUUUAGUAUUAUUCCGGGGACCGAAGCUUUCAGCAAUAUUAAAUACUAUAAUAACAAUGCUAAAUUUAGUGGUAAUUAUUUUGGCCACUUGUAUUAUGUUUGCACGACCGAAUGAGCAUAGUUCAGAAUUUGCACCAGCUAGUCAUGGAGGUUUAUUUCCAUAUGGAUUCGGUGGUAUGAUUGGUGGAGCUGGAACAUGUUUUUAUGCAUUUAUUGGCUUUGAUGCUAUAACAGUUAGCAGUGAAGAAGCAUUGAAUCCUAAAAGAUCAAUGCCAAUUGCUACUGGUGUAUCAGUCGGUGUAGUUACGCUUCUAUUCUUAUUGGCUAGCUUAGCUUUGACACUUUUUGUACCAUGGUGGACAGUUGACAGACAGGCUGCUUUUACAGCUGCUUUUCAUGUUCGCAAUUAUGAAUGGGCUACAUAUAUAACAGGAAUUGGCUCAUUGCUGGGAUUGAGUGCCAGUUUAUUUACAAGUAUGUAUGCAAUGCCAAGAGUAGUGUAUGCUAUGGCAAGUGAUGGUUUAUUGCCUAAAUUUCUAGGCUACCUAUUACCAUCUACACAAGUACCAGUCGUCGCAUUAAGUUUAUUUGGAAUAUUCUCUGCAAUCCUGACUCUUUUAUGCGAUAUUCAUUUAUUAGCUGACUUUUUAAGCAUUGGAACAUUAAUUGCUUAUACAAUUGUCUCAAUGAAUGUAUGUAUUCUGCGUUAUUGUCAGCCUCAACUAUAUUCUGGUCAAUGGAGUGAAUUAGAAUCAAAUGAAGAGAAUCCUAAUUUUCCAACUGAUGAACGUUUAAAUAGCGAAAAGGUUAUACGUGAAACUAAUGAAGCUGAGUUGAAUGAAUGGCCACACUCCAUUGGACGUUUGAAAUCUGCCUUUCGUCACUUACCGAUUCUUCGUGAUUCAACGCCCGGACGUGCACCUAUUAUUUCACUGUUAAUUUAUACUAUUUGCGCUUUUGGUUUAGCUAGUCUUCUUUUACCAGGAGCUCAGUACAUUCAAGAAGCACGUUGGUGGGCAGUGGUGAUAUUUAUUUUAUUCCUAAUAGGAGCGGUUUUCUUCGUGGUUAUCAUGUUCCUACACGAACAGAACAAAUCAUUCGAUAGCUUCAAGGUUCCAUUUGUUCCUCUGAUUCCAUGUUUAUGUGUUUUCCUGAAUUUUUGUCUUAUGGUAAAAUUAUCACCUAUGACAUGGGUUCGAUUCAUUAUUUGGUUAGUUAUCGGUUUGAUUAUUUAUUUUGCAUAUGGAUGGAGGCACAGCAUUCAUGCAAGUAAUCCUGGAGAGUCAGGAAAAUUAAUUACAGUACCGAAGAUGGGUAGUUUUGACGAAGAUAUCACAGGAUCAGGUUUUGAACCGUAUGAAAAUACAAAUACACUUCAAAAUUAUGAACACAGACUGGAAUGA